AGAGAGAGAGUCAAAACAAAUGGGCGGGAUUCAAUGUAUUAUAAUCUGCGUCACAUCAUGAUCAAUAUAUUCAAAUGGUAAGUAAACAAAAAAUAAUUGCAUAAUUAUUAAUAAUAAACCACAAUAAUUAGUUGCAUAGAAAAAGUCUUCAAAUCUGCUCUAAGCCCAUACAGCCUUCUUACACACAUACAAGAGUGAAACCAGCAGAGAGAGAGAGAGAGAGAGAGAGAGAGAGAAAGAGAAGCGAAAAUGGAGUUGAAAUUGUAUACGCAUCGUGUAUCUCAACCAUCACGCGCUUUGAUCACUUUUUGCAAGAUGAAUGGGUUAGAGUUUGAGGAGAUCGUGAUAGACUUAAGUAAGAGACAGCAUAAGUCUCCUGAAUUCAAAGAGAUUAAUCCGAUGGGGCAAGUACCGGCUAUUGUUCAUGGUGAUUUUAAGUUAUUUGAGAGCCAUGCAUGCCUCAUAUAUCUUGCCUCCGCAUUUCCUGGAGUUGCAGAUCAUUGGUAUCCAAUUGAUCUUCAAAAGAGAGCCAAGAUUCAUUCCGUGUUGGACUGGCAUCACUCCAAUUUACGCCGUGGCUCAGUUAUGUAUAUUUUGAACACAAAAUUAGGUCCUGUAUUUGGCUUGCCCCUGAACCCACAAGCUGCAGCUGAAGGCGAGAAACUCCUGUCUUGUUCUCUGAAGAGAAUAGAGUCAUUUUGGCUCUCUGAUAGUGGGCCAUUCUUGGUUGGAGGAGAUAAACCAUCAAUAGCAGAUCUCAGCCUCAUCUGUGAAAUCAUGCAGCUUGAGAUCUUGGAUGAAGAUGACCGCCAUCGAUUGCUGGAACCAUACAAGAAAGUUAAGCAGUGGAUUGAAAAUGUAAAAGAGGCAACAAGUCCUCACUUUGAUGAAGUGCAUGAUACCCUUUAUAAAUUCAGUGCAAUGCUAAAGCAGAAGUCAGCAGGAGGGAAGAGUGAGGCUUAGUCUUGCAUGAAAACAGCAUGCAAUAUUCAAUGAAUUAAGAAGAGCCUUGCCGCUUUGUUUGUCCGAAUGUCUAUAACAUUAUCUCUCUUUAUAUUCCAAGUUUAGGAACUGCCUUCCCUUUGAGCAGUGCUGCAUGUGUGGUUGAAAAGAUGAGAACUAAUUUAAUGAAUAAGAGAUGCAUUCUAUCA